AACAAGCUCUCCAGACAGGACACCAUGUCUGUGCGCCUCUCUUCUGCAUCCAGACGACUUGGCCCUUGCGGGGGAGCAGGCUCUGUGCGGCUGUCUAGUGGGGGAGCAGGUUUGGGGGCCGGAAACACAUGCGGAUUGCCAGGUAUUGGAAGCAGCUUCUCUUGUGCCUUUGCGGGAAGCUCAUCUGCAGGAGGCUAUGGCGGGGCUCUAGGCACGGGGGGUGCCUCCUGUGCUGCCUACCUGGGCAAUGAACACGGCCUCCUCUCUGGCAACGAGAAGGUGACCAUGCAGAACCUCAACAACCGCUUGGCCUCCUACUUGGAGAAUGUGCAAGCCCUAGAGGAGGCCAACGCUGACCUGGAGCAGAAGAUCAAGGGGUGGUAUGAGAAGUUUGGGCCUGGUUCUUGCCGAGGUCUUGAUCAUGAUUACAGCAGAUUCUUCCCAAUAAUUGAUGACCUUAGGAACCAGAUAAUUUCUGCAGCUACAAGUAAUGCCAAUGUGGUCCUACAAAACGAUAAUGCAAGACUAACAGCUGAUGACUUCAGACUAAAGUUUGAAAAUGAACAGGCCCUUCACCAGAGCGUUGACGCGGACGUGAGCGGUUUGCGCAGGGUCCUGGAUGAGCUGACUCUGUGCAGGACCGACCUGGAGAUGGAACUGGAAACACUGAGCGAGGAGCUGGCUUAUCUCAAGAAGAAUCACGAGGAGGUAGAUGCUCCAUUUCCCCCGAUUUCACAGUCCACCUCCCUCCUGAAAGUUAAGUCAAUAUUCAGGAAGGAGCUUGUCUUUCUCUCCAAAAGGCUUAGAUGUUUGAAAUGUUUCUGUUCAUCCCCCUCCAAAGAACAAGCCCUAAGAAAAGUUUCUGACCAUAUGAACCAUGUCUGUCUGGCUCCUUUAAACAUACACAGAUCCUCACGUGGUAAACCAAACAUCUUGCAGGACAUGAAGGCUCUGCAGUGCGCGGCCGGAGGCCACGUGAACGUAGAGAUGAACGCGGCGCCCGGGGUGGACCUCACUGUUCUGCUGAACAACAUGCGGGCGGAGUACGAAGACCUGGCCGAGCAGAACCGCAGGGACGCGGAGGCCUGGUUCCACGAGAAGAGUGCUUCGCUGCAGCAGCAGAUUUCUGACGACGCUGGUGCCACCACCUCAGCUCGGAAUGAGCUGACUGAGAUGAAGCGAACUCUUCAAACCCUGGAGAUUGAACUUCAGUCCCUCUUAGCGAUGAAACACUCCCUGGAGUGCUCCCUGACCGAGACCGAAGGCAACUACUGCGCGCAGCUCGCCCAGCUCCAGGCUCAGGUCGGUGCCCUGGAGGAGCAGCUGCACCAGGUCAGAACCGAGACCGAGGGCCAGAAGCUCGAGUAUGAGCAGCUCCUCAACAUCAAGGUGCACCUGGAGAAAGAGAUUGACACCUACUGCCUCCUCAUCGGUGGAGAUGAUGGUUCUUGUGUUAAAUCAAAAGGCUAUGGAGGACCAGGAAAUCAGAUAAAAGAUUCACCUAAAACCACCGUGUUUAAAACAAUUGUUGAAGAAAUAGAUCCUUGUGGCAAAGUUCUCUUAUCCAGAGUUCGCACUAUGGAAGAGAAAUCCACCAAAAUCAACAACAUGAAGAGUGAACAGAGGGUGCCUUCCUGAACUCCGAAAAAAUGGCCCCUAAAUUAAAAUACCAAAUUAAAACUAGGUUCCAAAAUAAGGGCCCUCUUACUUUUCUGCUUUUCUUCCAAUGAAUAAGACAAUCUGUUUUAGAAUAGUGACAUUUCCUUGGCUUUUUCUAUGGUGGUGUUUCAAUAAAAGUUCUUCCUGUUGCAAGUCAUCUUCACUGGUUCUGGUCAAUCUUUGCAUGUUAAACAUACCCC